CGCUGGGACUGCGGGCAGAAGCUGGAGACUGGCGGAGAAGCGAUUGUCGGGCCCCUGUGCCUCUUAUUUCCUUUCCCUGCCCAUGAUCUGCCUGAAAUAGGGACGCCCAUGUAGGGGACAGGGCACAUUGGAACCCCCCGAUCCCAUCGCUGUAUAUUCUUUCUGCUUGUGCCCCCCCACCCCUCCUCUGCAUGUGCAAUAUACUGCCCUCUGCUGCACCCCAGGAUCUGCAACAGCCUCUGCACCCCGGAACCUGACAUCAGCUUUGCACCCCGGAACCUGACAUCAGCACCCUUGCAGCUUAGCACCUUUCCCGUUCUGCAACAAGCUCUGCACUUCUGACUCUGUGACUCUGAAGCCUCUGCACUUCCUGCUCUGCAUAAGGAUCUACUAAAGCCUCUGCACCCCGGGAUAUACAAAGGCCUCUGCAUUGCUCUGCACUUUUGCCUGCUCUUUGCAGCCCCCCAGUUUGCUGUGUUGCACCCCAUCUUUGCACCCCUAGUUCCUAGCCCAGACCCCCCAACAAUGGAGCUAGAGAAGCUGCUGAAUGAUUUCAGUCCCAGCCGGAGCCAGGUCCCUGUGCCCAGACCCACCCUGCUGCCAGGCUUUGCCAUGGUUGGAGCCCGGGGCCUACUGUGCCAAGAAUCUGGGGUCUUGUCCCCCGUCACCAGUCUGGCUUUCACCAUGAACAAGCUGGCCGGCCUAGGAAGCCAAAGUGACACGCCAAAAAGAAAACAUGGCAUCUCCUUCCGGACUCAGUGCACCUCCCUGUCGCGAACGUCGUCCUCCGAUUCAUCCGAUUCCGGUCUCUGCUUGGAUUCCCCCAGCCCCCAGGACUCGGAGCUCCCCCACGAAACGUUUGAAAAGGUUAUUUUUGAAUCAAGAAUCCCCCCCAACGAUAUCAAGCUCCCAAUCAGAAGAAUCCACUCCUUGCCGGAGACUCUCCAGGGGGGCAGCCCCGCUCUCAGAAGACUCUCCCACCCGUUGGACUUGGAUCUGCCCAAACCCCUCGAGAAGAUCCCAGCGGAGAAAGACAAUAAGGAGAAUGAAUUACUUCUCUUUAAGAAGCCGCGCCCAUUCCUCCGCACCAGGCUACGCACCUUCGAUGGCUGCAGCGACAGAGAGGCUUUUUCCGAAAGGCCAAACUCCGCCCCCACUCUCAUGUUUUUCAGCCCUGACAAGAUCAACUCUGAAAUGGAAAACGAGAGUCCCAUCCGUUUACGCAAAUCCUCCCUGACCUUCUCUCUGUGCAAUGACGAUGACGACGAUGACGGAUUCAUGGAAAUUAUGGAUGAUGAAGAGAUAAAGACUGAUAUUCCCUCUGGAAUGCGGAAUCUGCUGACUGCCCCAUUCGUCAACAAAGAAGACAAGAGUGACCCGGAUCUGAUUAUUAAAAGCAAAUGCCGCCGGCUGUUCCGAUCACCCUCCAUGCCUAGUAGCAUCAUCAGGCCCAUACUCAAACGAUUGGACAGACCAGAGGAUGGUGAGACCCCUGUGAAGUCAAAGAGGUUGAAGAACUUGCCGCAGUCACAUUCGGAAGAAUGGCCGGAGAACGAGGAACCGAAAAUGAAGUUGGGAAGGUCCAAGUCUGUGUGCCUCGCUACCGUGGAAAAGAUACUGGACAACGAUGAGAGAGAGCUCAUUGGUGAUUCCUCAAAGGCGUAUUUACUGAAAACAGUGGAAGGGAAACACCAAGAUCUGAAAUACAUCACUCCUGAAAUGAUGGACUGUGUGCUGAGUGGGAAGUAUAAGGACACGAUUGAGCGCUGUGUGAUUAUCGACUGCAGAUACCCCUAUGAAUACGAGGGUGGGCACAUCAAGGGAGCCAUAAACCUGCCCCUGGAACAGGACGUAGAAGCCUAUUUGCUGAAGGAGCCCAUAGUACCGCAGAGCCCAGACAAGCGAGUGAUCAUUAUCUUCCACUGCGAGUUCUCCUCAGAGAGGGGCCCCAGGAUGUGCCGGUUCAUUAGAAAGCAAGACCGCAAUAGUAACGAGUACCCCAAGCUACACUAUCCUGAACUUUAUGUCCUUAAAGGAGGCUACAAGGAUUUCUUUCCCAGCUUUCAGUCCCAAUGUGAGCCGCAGUCCUACAGGCCGAUGCACCACGAGGACUUCAAAGAACACCUGAAGCUGUUCCGUUCUAAGAGCCGGACGUGGGCCGGAGACAAGAGCAAGCGAGAGAUGUACAGUCGGCUGAAGAACCAGUAGAGGACAAAGAUGGCAGGAUAGAGCGCUCGUUGUCUUAAACUGGGGCCAGGGCUGGUCCCUUGGAGGUGCUGCACAGUUGGAUCCACGUGGGCACUGAAUGGAGGUGUUCCAUGCAUGGAACUCCCGGAUUUGGCUCGGCCAAGCCGGACAGUACUGGAGAGGUGGGCUUGGGUGGACAGUGGCUUUGUUCUGGAAGAGAGAAGCUUCUUGUCAUUGGACGAAGUAAUCGUUUCGUCAUUGGUCUUUUUUCACAACGGCAUUACCUUUGCCAUCACUGGACAUGAACGUAAUCAGGUUGGCCGCAGUGCCCUUCAGAGCUGUGAACCUCCACCGUGGAGCGCUAAUCACUGUGACUGCGUCUGUGCCUCUGUUAUAAGCCCCCGGCAGGCUGGUUUCUGUUGGAGGGACCCACUUGAAUAUUCCCCCUUGGCUGUCCUGCUACUCCGUCUCCGUAACCCCUCGCAGUUGUUAUGAGGCUGCUGUUUGGGAUUUUCAUCGCCAAAUGGCUCUGUGUGUUUCUGUAGUUCUGCGUGUGUCGCACUUGCACUUUUAUCAGCCUCUCAAGGUGCGUGGGGGGCUGCACAGCAUUGCUCCGCCCCCCGCCUCUGAAGAGGCCAAUCAGCUGGGAGUUUCAGUAACUGCCGGCUCAUUAGUGUGUGUGCAUUGGCUGCAUCAAUGUGUUUAUAGGUUAAUUUGUGUAUUUGUGCAAAUGCUUGUGCCCCGCUGCUGCAUUAUGGGUGAGAUCCUUAUUUUAUAUUAUUUAGCCCCCUUGUUGAAAUGAUAUUUUUAUAAUCUCCCUUGAUUUCUUUGUUUAUAAAAACAACAAAAUAUGAAUCAAAAUCCAGGAACCCAAAACCCUGAGAAGAACAUUUAUCUGUGCUUGUUCCUUACAGAGUAGUGAUGCAUGGGGCGGCCCCAAACCUGCAGGACCCAUGGAUUUACCUGUUGGUUAGACAUGUUUGGUCCAACCAAUUGCCCUGAAGGCGGGCUGUAUUUGCCAUCAGCCUUUCCCUGUUCUCUCUGUCAGCCACACUAGUAAUGGGGCGGUGCUUAUGUUUAUACUUGCGCUUGCCCCGCCCCUCUGGAGAUGGGACAGGCAUAUAAAUUGGUGUUGCCGGCCAGGUAUGGGUUGGGUUAGGGUUGGCCAUGGUUCAAGAAAUCAGUGACUGGUACAUAGCAAUAACUAGCUAUAUAUUCAAAUGCCAGCAGGGGGAGCACCCCAACCCAAUGUACCCAUAAAGCUGCCAUUAUUUAUAUACAUGUGCCUGACCAACCCAUCUCUGAUGAGGAGGCAGACUGUGUGACUAUAUAAAUAAGUGGGUGUCCAAUUGGGGUCUCACUAAUAUUUGGCCUGCCCACCACCCGCUAAAGAUAUUAUUUGCUGAAACUGUUGGACAGUUGGGUCGACCCACACAUUACUACUGCCAAGCCACCCAGUACCAAGCUGAUUUGCUAUUGGACUCACAAGCAACCAGCCCUGUUCAUAUAUGUAAUUCAUAGAGCAAUUCCAGUUCAAGAAAAUCAUAUUUUCUUUCAAAAAGUAAAAGCACUUCAUCUGGUUUUGCUGACUUCUUAAUAAACAACCCCCCCCGAGUAAAUAUGUACUCCCCUCUCCCUAGUUUAAUCUAUACCCAGACCUUACUUUAAUGAUGUGAGGAGUCUAUUAUUCUAUUAUGUGAGUGUUAUUUAGCGAUGAUUUGAUCCCGUGUGCCCAGUUGGGUAUAAUAGAUAUGAUUUAUCCCUUUCCAAUGAUGGUAGAAUCUGAAAACGUUAUAUAUAUAUAUAUUUAGUUAGUAGUUCCAGAUUGCCAUUGGCCUAUAAAUGGCCACUUUCCCUAAAUACGCCAUGUUUUCUGCAUUCUGUUCAUUGGAACAAGUUUGUAAUAAGAAAACAAAUUAUUUAUUUUUUGGUUUUGCACAGUUUCAAAAUGAGAACCCAGCUAUUCCCAUAGCUAUACCCAACGGUGACUGCCAGGGAAAGUAGUGUUCCCAUUGGAAGAGUCUCCACUUAUUAUUUGUGUUAUCCCCUUCUAUUGAAUGUGUGAUUGCAAUGCUUAUUAUAUACCCGCUCUGUCCCUGUUCUGCACAAUGUUCUGUGUAUUCAUUCAGGGGAAAAAUAAAAUCUUAACCUUUUUAUGUA